CCGUCUGGAAAGGUGCAGGAUCCGCUAAACCGUGCGUCGCACAGCGGCGGCCGGAGCAGACGCGGGAUGGUCGCGCGUCCCCUGCACAGCACAGACGGGCAGCCAGAGAGCCUGGGAAAGAGGCUGCCUACCACAACGACUUUAGCUUACUUUUUAAAGACUGAAGAAAAAAAAAGAAGACAGAAAAAGAAGAACUCAAAGAUACACAGAGUAAUUUGACCAAGGCUCAGAAGUUUUUGGAGCCGUGAGGGAUACAGCAGUUUGGUCAAUAUUGUCUUAACAUGCUUCAAAUAAAUCAGCUUCUCUCCAAGAUAAAAUGGCAAACCCAAAAGAGAAAACUGCAAUGUGUCUGGUAAAUGAGUUAGCCCGUUUCAAUAGAGUCCAACCCCAGUAUAAACUUCUGAAUGAAAGAGGGCCUGCUCAUUCAAAGAUGUUCUCAGUGCAGCUGAGUCUUGGUGAGCAGACAUGGGAAUCCGAAGGCAGCAGUAUAAAGAAGGCUCAACAGGCUGUUGCCAAUAAAGCUUUGACUGAAUCUACGCUUCCCAAACCAGUUCAGAAGCCACCCAAAAGUAAUGUUAACAAUAACCCAGGCAGUAUAACUCCAACUGUGGAACUGAAUGGGCUUGCUAUGAAAAGGGGAGAGCCUGCCAUCUACAGGCCAUUAGAUCCAAAGCCAUUCCCAAAUUAUAGAGCUAAUUACAACUUUCGGGGCAUGUACAAUCAGAGGUAUCAUUGCCCAGUGCCUAAGAUCUUUUAUGUUCAGCUCACUGUAGGAAAUAAUGAAUUUUUUGGGGAAGGAAAGACUCGACAAGCUGCUAGACACAAUGCUGCAAUGAAAGCCCUCCAAGCACUGCAGAAUGAACCUAUUCCGGAAAGAUCGCCUCAGAAUGGUGAAUCAGGAAAGGAUAUGGAUGAUGACAAAGAUGCAAAUAAGUCUGAGAUCAGCUUGGUGUUUGAAAUUGCUCUGAAGCGAAAUAUGCCUGUCAGUUUUGAGGUUAUUAAAGAAAGUGGACCACCACACAUGAAAAGCUUUGUUACUCGAGUGUCAGUAGGAGAGUUCUCUGCAGAAGGAGAAGGAAAUAGCAAAAAACUCUCCAAGAAACGCGCUGCGACCACCGUCUUACAGGAGCUUAAAAAACUUCCACCUCUUCCUGUGGUGGAAAAGCCAAAACUAUUUUUUAAAAAACGCCCUAAAACAAUAGUAAAGGCCGGACCAGAAUAUGGCCAAGGGAUGAACCCUAUUAGCCGCCUGGCACAAAUUCAACAGGCCAAAAAGGAAAAGGAGCCGGAUUAUGUUUUGCUUUCAGAAAGAGGAAUGCCUCGACGUCGAGAAUUUGUGAUGCAGGUGAAGGUAGGCAAUGAAGUUGCUACAGGAACAGGACCUAAUAAAAAGAUAGCCAAAAAAAAUGCUGCAGAAGCAAUGCUGUUACAACUUGGUUAUAAAGCAUCCACUAAUCUUCAGGAUCAACUUGAGAAGACAGGGGAAAACAAAGGAUGGAGUGGUCCAAAGCCUGGGUUUCCUGAACCAACAAAUAAUACUCCAAAAGGAAUUCUUCAUUUGUCUCCUGAUGUUUAUCAAGAGAUGGAAGCCAGCCGCCACAAAGUAAUCUCUGGCACUACCCUAGGCUAUUUGUCACCCAAAGAUAUGAACCAACCUUCAAGCUCUUUCUUCAGUAUAUCUGCCACAUCGAAUAGUUCCGCUACAAUUGCCAGGGAACUCCUUAUGAAUGGAACAUCUUCUACAGCUGAAGCCAUAGGUUUAAAAGGAAGUUCUCCUACUCCCCCUUGUUCUCCAGUACCACCUUCAAAACAACUGGAAUAUUUAGCAAGGAUUCAAGGCUUUCAGGUUCACUACUGUGAUAGACAAAGUGGCAAAGAGUGUGUGACCUGUCUGACAUUAGCCCCUGUGCAGAUGACUUUCCAUGCUAUUGGAAGCUCCAUUGAAGCCAGCCAUGAUCAGGUGCUCAGUAGCCACAUGGGUGUUGGAUGCACAAGUCUACAGGAUGAAAUUUCAGGAGACUGUGAUUUGGUUCUUUGCCUAUGUCUCCGAUCUCUUCUUUUACCAUUCACCCUGUACUUAACUUAUACCCACGCUUUAUGCUUUAGCAGUCCUGAGUUACCACAUUUCAUGCUCUUAUAUCUGUAUCUUUGCAUGUGUGUUCCCUCUGUCUGGCCCAUUCUCUCGUUGCUCAUAGGGGAAUUUUAAUUGUUCUGUCAGAUUCAACCAAGAUGUCACUCCAGUCAAUAGCUUCCCCAAACCAAGAGAGAGUUAAAACUCUGCUUCUUUUGUGCCUUAUCUGUACUUUGUACAUUAUCCCAUUGUUAAACUUAUCAAACUGUCUCCCAAGAUCUCUUCAUGUUGGUCUACCCCACUGGGCAGUUAUCUCCUUGAGAUACAGGGCAGAGUUUUGCUCACCUCAGUAUUCCCAGUGUUUAUGCUCUUGCACUUACGAGGCACUUGAUAUAUGUUUAUAUGAUGGGAUUAAAUUGAAUUUCUAAGAAAAUUAGAAUGACUUAGGUUUGGUAGAAUUCAUUUGGUAAAAUUAGUGAGAGAAAUAGAAUGUUUGGCCUAGUAAGCUUUUUCUAGUGGUGGCCCUAUAAGGACAUUUUUUUGUGAAAGAAUCCCAGAGCUUGAUCUUGGUGUAUGCACAUGCUGUAAAUACAUGUAAUUGGCCUUAGGAAUCCAUUAUAUAUCUCCAUUAGUUCUUUUCUCUGUUUGUAACUUUUCGUUGUUCUAACGUAUUAUGCAUAUGAGUACAUUUUUCAUGGUGUCCUAAAUUACUUUCUUCAAGUACCAGGGGCAGCCUCCUUAUUAGUAUACAAGUCACUAUUCACUGAAUAAUGUCAUUCAUGACUGCAUUCCUCAGAAUCUAAAGAGACAUCAUAGGUUUGAGCAAGAAUUUACCAAGACGAAGUUUUUUAUUAAUAUAAAAGACAUACUUAAGUGACAUUGCAUAAUAACAGAUUCCAUGUCAUCAUCCUAGGGGUCGCUGCAGUGGGUCCUGGCAUUCUUUGUUUGAGAUAGAUUCAGUGCAGGUUUUGAGCUUCAGCGGCUUUGCUUGCUCUGUACAUCAGCAGCGCCGAGUGCUGUGGGGUGUGGAAAGAUUGGGUAUAAUCACUGCCACUGGCAACUUCCAGGAGGUCCUGGAGCUGCCAAAAUUCAAAAUAUAACUUGAUUUUUGUUUACUUUUUAUGAAUUAGAGUGCUAAGACAUAUAUAUUAAAAAUGAACAUCAACUUUAAUGUUUGCUUUGGUAAAGUGCUUUCGUAUUUGUUGAUUUUUUUUUUUUUUUUAUAUUUCAAAAUGUGUCCUCCCUCCGAAACUUGUCCCUUGAUUUUAGAACUAAAAUGUCUUCUGCUGACAUUUAACUUUAUUAUAUACAAUUUUCAUUUUAUGCAAAUUAUAUCUUAUAGUUAAGGAAUUUAAUCAUAUCUUAAAAAAAAAAUUACAGCAGGAAAAGUCACCAGGAGCUUCUCACCACAGGAUAGAUAUUAUUCUAUCUAAAUAAUAGACUAAAAAUAGACUCUGGACAAAAACAAGAGUCAGUAAACUAUGGCCUGUGAGUCAGAUUCAGCCCACCACCUGAACUAAGAAUGGCUUUUACAUUUUGAAAUGGCUGAAAAAUAUCACAAGAAAAAUAGUAUUUCAUGACAUGUGAAAAUUAUAUGGAAUUUGAAUUUUAGUGCCUGUAAAUACAGCUUUACUGGGACACAACCACAACCAUUAUUUUGGUAUUGCCUAUGGCCACUUUCACACUAUGAUCACAGAUAUGAGUAGUUACGACAGAGACCUUAUUGCCUGCAAGUCCUAAAAUAUUUACUAUCUGUCUUUUUACAGGAAAAGUUUGCUAGUUCAAUCCUAGGAUUAGAAGGAAGAAGCCUUAAAAAUUCACCUUCUGAAUUUUGUAUCAAAUAUUGCCUUAAACAUGGUUAUUCAGAGUCCAUUCUCUUUUGGAAAGAAGCCAGUUUUCUGGAAAUAUUGCCUAUUUUAUAGCACAAUUAGACUUGACUAUGAAUUUUGAAUUUAUUUACUCUGCAGUGGAAACCAAUUUUAUUUUCUGAAGGAAUAAUAAAUAAGUCUAUCUUCAUCAGUAUUUAUCAGAGCGUUAAAAGAAAGUUUGCCUAUGGCAAAGGUUACUUUUCUCUCCUUGCUGAAAUUCCAUUUAGAAACACUUCUGAGCUGAACUUUUUUUUUAAGUAAUAAAGAAUAUUCUGCUAUUUCCAUAGUGAUCUUUCACUUUUUUCAUUUCAGAUGUAUAAGCAGUUUCCAGAACCAACAGUGAGUUAUAGGGGAAGCUAGUGGGAAGAUUGAAUAUUGUGUAUUUUAUAACUGACUUAUAAUUUCAUAUAUGCUUAGAACAGCAUAACCACAUUUCUGAGAGGUUGCAUAUAUCCAGUGAUAUUGUGCACACAAGUGACUUAUUAAUUUGAGCUAUAAAACAAUUUUGGACUAGAGUCAAAACCCACGAACUUACUUACUGCUUUCCUUCUCCCACUUUUUUUUUCCCUGAAAUGAUGAAUAACAGCUAUUUUAAUCGGCAAAAAGUGUGAAAUUUUAUAAUUUAAAAAACCUAACUUUUCACACUAAAAAAGACUAAAAGUGUGGUUAUUUAAUCUGUACCUCAGUUUAUCUGUAGCUUGGUGUUUCAUAACAGUUUAUCUCUGAAGAUAAUUUGAUGUUCAUGAUCUCAUAGGAGACAAAGUAUAAAUAGAACCCAAAGUGUUUUCUAGAUUUUCUAGUAAGUUUUGUUCAGUUUUGGACCUGCAUAUAUGCUGCUUAUCAGUAGUUCCUUCAUUUUUAUUUUUAUUUUUUAUUUUUUAUUUAUUGAGACAAGAACUCUUUCUAUUGCCCAGGGUCGAGUGUAGUGGCACAAUCUUAGCUCACUGUAACCUCAAACUCCUGAGCACAAGUGAUCCUCCCACUUCAGCCUCCUGAAUUGCUGGGACUACAGGCACGCGCCAGCACACCUAAUAAGCUAAUUUCUUUUCUUUUCUUUUUUCUUCUUUUCUUUUCUUAGUUACCCAGCCUGGUCUUGAACUCCUGGGCUCAAUUGAUCCUUCCACCUCAGGCUCCCAAAGUGAUGAGAUUAUAGGCAUGAGCCAUCAUGCCUGCCCAGUUUCUUCAUUUUAAAUUCAGUAUUCUAAUUCUUAGUGUCCCCUCUAAAUUAAAAAUAUUUAGGUAGGAAUUUACUAUUCCUACUAUUCUGUAUGCCUCUAUGUUUGAUGCUGAUUUGAAGAUCAUUGGGGAAAUAUUCUAAAAACGUUUCUGUUAACAGUUCACUACUAAUUAAUCAAACCAGAUACAUUAUUAAACCAAUAAAUACUAUAUGUAUAUAAUUGCUAAAUAGAUGUGAAAGUUAUAGUGGAAAACUGUUGCCUAUAUAGACUUUUUUAAAGUGAUGAUCAAUGGAAUAUAGUUCCCUAGGCCACGGAUUUGAGAGCAUUAUUGCCCACUGAAGGUCACUUUUACAACCUAAAGAGUAUUACCUUCCUCAUAAACUUAAAUUAUGGUGUUGUGUAUGAUUUGUUACACUAUUUAAAACUGAAAAGCUGUAACCUUCUCUCCCUUAGCAAUAACCUUCAAUUAAGUCAUGCCUCUCCCCAUGUCCAAAUUCCUUUUUAGACAAACCAGUUACUGGUUAUUUUUCAAAAUUUUCAAUAUUAUUCUUUCAUUGCUAAUAGUUAUUUGGCCUGCUCUCUUUGUUUCUAAGUUGGCACUGAAUGCCUUUUUAGAUUACAUAUUUUUUUAAAUACUCUUUAGUUAAUUGGCUUCUCUUUUGCAUCCUCUGAUGGAAGAAAUUUGAAGGCAUUGUUAAACCCCCAAAUAUUUAAAAUAUGUGAAAUUAAAUUUUAAGGGCAAGGUAGUGAUAAAAAAAAAAAUGUGUUCUGUUACCCUCCAUAGAUGAAACAGUGAUAAUGCUACCAGCAAACCUAGGUCAGGGUUUCUACUGUUUGGUAAGAAGAGUCACUGCUCUAGGUCAGGCAUGGUGACUUGUGCCUGUAACCCCAGCACUUUGGGAGGCCAAGGCGGGCAGACUGCUUGAGCCCAGUAGUUUGCAACUAACCUGGGCAACAUGGCAAAACCCUAUCUCUACAGAAAAUACCAAAAAAAAAAAUUAGUUGGGCAUGGUGGUGUGUGCCUAUAGUCCCAGCUACUCAGGAGGCUGAGGUGGCAGGAUUGCUUGAGCCUGGGAGUUUGAGGCUUCAAUGAGUCGUGAUCACAUCACUGCACUCCAACCUGGGUGACAGAGCGAGACUCCGUUUCCAAAAAAAAAAAGAGUCACUGCCCUAUCAAGACCUACACUUAAAUGUCUUACUCUAAAAGACUGAUAUGCUGAAGACCUGGAAGGUGGAGGUUGCAGUGAGCCACCACUGCUUUCCAGCCUGGGCGACAGAGUGAGACCCUGUCCCAAAAAAAAAAGAGAGAAAAAUUUUUUCAGCACAGAGAGAAGGUUGCCUUGAAGUCAGAGUCUCCUUAUCCAUGCAUUUCUGCUUCCUAGACAACUGUUUGCUGGGAUCCUCACCUAGAAUUUCCUAUCUGUUUGGCUUGUUCCACCUACUUAAUUUGAACUCUGACUUCUGGUUACUUACCUAGGGUCUCCACUAUUGGUUUGUCUUGGCCUAUGGUACUUCUGUACUCUAUGAUCUUGUGCUGUUUAACUGAUCCUUGACACUGGCUUCUGACUAUUCUUGUCUGCACUUUACAUUUCAGGGACUUAUUCUCAUAUUUCUCUCCAAAUCCAAAACUGCUGAAGGUUGACAGAAUUCUACUUUAUAGAUAUUCUAUAGCCAUUAUGAAAUCCAGAGAGUAUCAGUCUACUUGCUGGCAGAACCGACAUUCAGGCUGUCCCCUGAUACUGUUGUGUCAAUUGUUAAAAUGUUUAAAUACUUUCAUUCCACAUGACAAAUAGCUACUACCUCAUUCUUCACCCCCUGCCUUCAUGGCCUCAUGUCCAGGACCUCUGGGACUUCCCCAUGGUCUAGGAACUAAUAGGUCAUUAUUUGGCCCAGCGGUUUUCAGGACUCUGUUUUCUUGUCCAAUUUUAUUUUCAGUUUUCAUGGCACACUAUUAAAUAGUUUUAAUACUACUGCUGCUUUCAGAGGUAUAUGUAAGAGCUAAGGUCUUCAGGAAAAAAAUCCAAAAGUGUUCAUUUUCAAAGAUUUUUUAGAAUUUUCAUUGAAGAUCAAGAAACAUUUUAUUCACUCAACAGUCAUGUUUUAGCCACCAGCUGCAUGUCCACCACUGUACUAGAUGCUAAGAAGUAUCUUCUGUUUUGUAAAUAAAUAAAGUCCUAAAUUGAUUAUAAUUAAAAGCUGGAGACAAGGGUUAUAUGAGAAGUCUCUGUAACUUGUGCUCAAUUUUGCUGUGAAUCUAAAACUGUUCUAAAAAAUAAAUCCUUAAAAAGGAAAAAAAAAG